AACCUGGAUGUAGAACGACAUCCAAUCAUGUUUCAAAUAUCGGAGAGGAAGCGCGACUAAAGUGAAUGCGUGUCUAACAAGUCGGCGCUUUUACCAGGCCUGCUUCUUGCAAUCGAACGAUAAACGUACCGCCUCCAACGAGCACUCUCCGCCCUACAUACCACGUUUUGAAUAAUUAGAAAGCGGAUUCCAGGAAUAAUGAGGAAGAGCGUUAUUGAUGUCCUCGCAACAUUGCAUUUCUUUCAGCAGGUCCCUGGUAGGCUAAACCCCAAGAUCUAGUCCUCGAUGUAGUAUCUUGCCUUCCAACCCAGCCUGCGGGAUUAGCCCCCUGGGAGUCUCGUCAAUCAAAUCCGUCAGUGUCAAUCUCGGUGCUCUACUGGGGAUCGGGGACCGGGGAACCUCUGACCCUUUCAAUCAUGGCUUCCGUUGGACCGGGACCCCAUUCUGUAUUACCGACCAUAUUCGAGCGGCUGGUCUCGAGAUACAGGUGCUCGAGCACCAUCCAUCAGGUCUUGCUCCCGGAGAUUGCUGCACUCCUGGUAGGUACCGUCGGUUCUGAUAAGGAUGUGACCCUACAUGGUGGUCUUGUCUGUGGAGGUGGCGGUGACAUAUCCCUCCUUCUGGCUGCCGCCAUUGUCGUCAGAGUUGCUGACAUAGGCUACGAAUUCAACUCGUUUGUCCAUGUGGAUCUUUUUGCACGGGAGUUGGCAGUAGAGGAUGUCCAACUCCGUGUAUAUGACUUUACUAGUAAGCUGCAGCUCCUCGCUGAGGUUGGACACAAAGUCGUUCUUCUUGGACAAGGCGAGGAGUUAAUCCAGUGCUCCGAGCUACCCAGCCAUGAAUAUGGCACUCGGUUCGAUGGAGAGUGCCAUGCUGAGCGGUCGGACGAUCGAAGCACGUUUAAUGAUCUCGCGGUCGGCACCGGCGCGUUCGAGAAGGACGGCCAAGGUCAAGCCAGCGAUGCCUCCUCCUGUAAUUAAGAUCUUGAGGCCUACGGGUGGUAUUAGAGUUAUUGCAGAUGCUGAACAAGGGAUUACUUAAAGUAGGUGAGAAGAAAGCGAAGUAAAGAAAAG